UACUGUAAAAGAUUGCUUAUUUUGUCCGAAGCACUGCACUCUACGCCUCCACUCAAACUAUUUCUUCUCUCUCUACUGUAUCUACUAUUCACUCUCCAUUUUUUUCCUCUGUAACUGUGUGACUGUGUGUAUAUACAUAUAAAUAAAGGGAAAAAGAAAUAGAGAAAGAAAAGAUCAUUUGAGAAAGGAGUAAAGCGAAAUCCAUUUGACGACAGCUAGAAGUUAGUCAGAGUACAUUGUAGGGUUUUCCUGAAAACCCUUGAAAACACAAUCUUUGGGAAAAAAUUAUAAGGGUUUUGAAUUUUUUUUUUCUAACUGACAUUCAGCUUAAAGAAAAUCAAAAUGUCGGUUCGGAUAUGAACCGGAUAUCCGCCGAUCUAGCUCGGCAAUUCAAGAUCUCCGCCUUCACAUUGCUUAUGUGGGGAGGUUAUAUGAAAGAAGCUAAAGGGAACAUUGUGCUGAUUUAGUGAGGGUGAGGGCAAAGAUGGAAUCUGAUUCACUCCUUGAUUAUGCGGUCUUCCAGCUGUCACCAAAGCGCUCUCGAUGCGAAUUGUUUGUUUCUCGUGGUGGAAACACAGAGAAACUGGCAUCGGGAUUGGUAAAGCCCUUUGUGACUCAUUUAAAAAUUGCAGAAGAGCAAGUUGCAUUGGCAGUUCAGUCUAUCAAGCUUGAAGUUGAAAGGCGCAGAAAGGCUGAAUCAUGGUUCACAAAAGGAACCCUGGAGAGGUUUGUGAGGUUUGUCAGCACGCCAGAAGUUCUGGAACUUGUCAACACAUUAGAUGCGGAGAUGUCUCAGCUUGAGGCAGCCCGAAAAUUAUAUUCGCAGGGAACGGGCGACCAGUUUAAUGGGACUGGUAGUGGUGGAUCUGGGGUUACAAUAGCAGCUGAUGCGACAAAGAAGGAGCUACUGCGAGCCAUUGAUGUGAGGCUUACUACAGUUCAACAGGACUUAUCUACUGCUUGUUCUCGUGCAGCAGCUGCUGGUUUCAAUCAGGAGACAGUAUCUGAACUUCAAACUUUUGCAGAACGGUUUGGUGCCCCUAGAUUGAACGAAGCCUGCAACAAAUUUUUAACAUUAAGGGAAAGGCGACCAGAAUUGAUCAAGUCACGAAAGGUGUCUGAAAGAGAUGACGGAGCCGUACGUUGCUCUUAUGGAUCCGACAUGUCUAUCGACGAGGACCCCACUACUCCAGACCAGCGACUUUCUGGGUCCCACUCUGCCGGCCCCCAGAAGUCCUCAACGUGUCAGCAACCAAAACCUCCUUUGGUUGCCUCCACUUCGCAAUGUAAUAGCAGAGAGUCCAGCGUGGAACCAUUCGAGAACAGCAACGAAAGAAUCUCCACUGCUGAAAAAGGGAAGGAGGACGAGAAAGAGGAAGAGAAAUCCUCUGAUCAACCUCAAGGUCCUCAACUGAAAAGGAGGCUAAGCGUGCAGGAACGAAUCAAUUUAUUCGAGAACAAGCAAAAGGAGAAUUCUGGGGGAAGUGGGAAAGCUGCUGUGGCGAAAGCCCCAGAGCUUCGUAGGUUGUCAUCUGAUGUGUCAGCCCCGCCGGUGUUGAGAAGAUGGAGCGGCGCCAGUGACAUGAGCAUUGAUUUGGGUGGUGACAAGAAGGAUAUAGAGAGUCCUCUAUGCACCCCAUCUUCUGCCUCUGUUUCUCAGUCUAAGUCCAAUGAGCAGAAGUCGUCGAGUUUGACUGAUGCAGCAAGUCUUGAGACUAAUGCUAAUCUGCAGGUUCCAUAUACAAUUGGGAAGGAGGAAGCUGAUGGGGUGAAGCUUUUGACUGAUUCUUCUAGGAGUAUUCAAGAUUCUAUCAAGAUCAUAUCAAACUCAACUUCGGGCAUCUUUGAUAGUGAUCAGGGUCGUGGGAAGAUCAGGUCAAGCUCACAUAUCAGCGGGGCUGAGGAUAGGAGUGCUAAAAAUCAACUGGAUUCCGGAGGGUCAUUUGUUGAGGUUGGUUUGACUAGUAACGCAAACUUCAAAGUUUCUCAAGGCGGUAAGGAGCUUGGGCGGAGCAAAGGACAAACUAGUCAUCAGGUUAUUGGCCUGAAGGAUCAGAGUACUCUACUAGAGCAAUCUGGAGCUGUGCAGGCUGAGAUUUGGCAUCAGAAGGAGGAUAGUGUAUCAACUGAUCAUUUGGUUUUUAAGAGCGAUAAAGCUCCUCAAAGGACCGCAGUGGCCUCUGCUCAGUUGGUUAGUGGUUCAAGCUCAACAGUUACAGAAACUCCCGCUGCUCAAGUCCUUGAAGGUAAUACACCGUAUCUGCAGUCAAGACGGCAAUCUCUUCCUGAAUCUGAGGAAGUUGAAAAAAGUAAGUUAUCUCCAUCUGAGAAAUUAGCUAGUGUUUCUCAAUCAAAGGUCAAAGAGCUUGGACAUGUACCAAUGAAAUUUAAGAAGCAAGGUGGUGCUACUGAAUUGGUCAAGAAGACUCGAGAUAGGAUGGACGAGAUCAUGGCUGGAACUAGCAAAACACCGCUGUCAAGUAAAAUGGUUUUGGAGCCUGAGGGGCUUGACUCAUUUUUGACACCUCCUAUUGAGCAAGUUCAGAGGGUACGGCAGCCCAAAGCAAACCAAGAAAUGAAUGAUGAGUUGAAAUUGAAAGCUAAUGAGCUAGAAAAGCUUUUCGCUGAGCACAAAUUACGUGCUCCUGGCGAUAAAUCUAAUUCUACCAAGAGAAGCAGGCCAGGUGACGUCCAAAGCCGUCCAGUUGCUAUUUCAUCCUACAGGAAAUCUGUGAUAGAUAAUUCUAAUGUCGGAAUUUCUGACAAUUACACGUCCAAUGAACCUGCCUCAAGUUCCAAUGAUGUUUUAAAUAAGAGUUUCUCUGAACUAAGUUUUUCGGAUGGUUCUCGAGGAAAAUUCUAUGAGAGCUAUAUGCAGAAAAGGGAUACCAAACUCCGGGAAGAAUGGAAUUCUAAGAGAGCAGAGAAGGAAGCCAAACAGAAGGCUAUGGAGGAUAGCCUUGAGAGGAGUAGAGCUGAGAUGAAGGCCAAGUUUGCUGGAUCUGCUGAUAAAGACAGUAUGGUUUCUAGUUCUCGUCUGCGUGCUGAGAGACUCAGAUCAUUUAAUUCGAGGUCUAUUCUGAGGAGAGACCAGCAACAGUUAGUUUUUGAGCAAAGUGAUGACGAAGAAGAUAUGUCUGAAUUAUCAAAGCUGAAAAAAUACGGUGAAGACAGGUCUUUUGACGAAACAUCUUUCGGGGAUGAUGUUCGUAAGAACACUCGGAGUAAGAAGCCUUUACCUGUCAAAGGUUUGUCUUCAUCAACACCUCGCACUACAGUAGCACCUGUUCCGAGGUCUUCUGGGAAAGCUUCUAGUAAUACAUCAGGUAGGCGAAGAAUUCAAUCUGAAAAUCCUCUGGCGCAGUCUGUCCCAAACUUCUCUGAUAUGAGAAAGGAGAACACCAAGCCUUCUUCCACAGCUGGUAAGACAACUCGUUCACAAUCUAGAAACUACACCCGUAGCAAAAGCACAACUGAAGAGAUACCCCUUGUCAGGGAGGACAAAUCUCGAAGAUCACAAUCCUUGAGAAAAAGCACCGCCAAUAUGGUGGAAUUUAGGGAGACAUCCACUUUUGAUUCUGAGGGUGUUGUUCUGACACCUCUCAAAUAUGACAAAGAUGAGAUGGAGCGGGGUAUCAUUGAAAAAUUUCCAAAAAGUUCAGGUUCAAAGACUUUACUAAAGAAGGGCAAGAAUACUGACUUCAGCUCUAGAGGUGGUCUGACUAAGACAAGACCUUCUGCUGCAUCUAAGAUUGUGGAUGACGAUGACGAGUACGAUGAUAUGGUAUUUGAGCCGGAAAACUCAGAAGGCAGGGGCCAGGAUGAAGAAGAGGAAGAAUUUGAGAACCCGACAGCUGAUAUUCAGGAAAACUUUGACAAUGGGGAACCAAGACUGAGCCAUGAUUCAGAGAAAUUGGAAAACUCCGGAUCAGAAAACGAUGGUGUUCUGAGAUCAUUUUCUCAAGUGAACUCUGCUUCAGAAGCUGUAUUGCCUUCUGUUGUCACUUCCAAGUUGUUAUCUGGUGGACUUGUACAAGAUUCACCGGGGGAAAGUCCUGUCUCAUGGAAUACACAUGCUCAUCACCCAUUUUCGUAUCCUCAUGAGAUGUCUGAUGUUGAUGCAUCCGUGGACUCUCCUGUGGGAAGUCCUGCGUCCUGGAACUCACAUUCUCUAAGUCAAACGGAGAGUGAUGCAGCUAGAAUGAGGAAGAAAUGGGGAAUGGCUCAGAAACCUAUGCUCGUAGCAAAUUCUUCUCAAAAUCAAUCGCGCAAGGAUACAGCCAGAGGAUUUAAACGGUUUUUGAAAUUUGGGAGGAAAAAUCGUGGCACAGAUAAUUUAGUUGACUGGAUUUCUGCUACAACUUCUGAAGGAGAUGAUGAUACAGAAGAUGGACGUGACCCUUCUAAUCGUUCUUCAGAAGAUCUGAGAAAGUCAAGAAUGGGCUUCUCACAGGAGCAUCCAUCUGAUGAUAGCUUUUAUGAGAAUGAGUUUUUCAGUGAACAAGUUCAAUCCUUGCGCAGUUCAAUCCCGGCACCUCCAGCUAACUUCAAAUUGCGGGAGGAUCAUUUAUCAGGGAGCUCAAUAAAAGCUCCAAGAUCCUUCUUCUCCUUAUCGACAUUCAGAAGCAAGGGAAGUGACUCAAAGCCAAAGUGACUAUCCGAAGCCAAAGAUAACUAUUUCAAAGGAUCAAGUUCCACUAAUGCAUGCUUGGAAUUGCCAGACAAUAUUUCUCAGUAAGAGGUUGAGGUAGAUGAGCUACAAUCAUCCAAAUAUGAUGUAUACUUGUACUUAGUAAUCACCGGGCUUCUGAAGCCUUUCUUGUGCUUAGCUGUUUCUAGUAGUUGUCUCAGAAUAUAUGUUGUAUAUUGUCUUGAGAGGACACUGGCGGAAUAUUAAUGUGAUUUUGGUAGUCAUAGCAUUCUUUCUUAUGUUGUUAUUUUACUCUCGAUUUAUGGUAAAUAUCAGAAGCUAAAUUUUGUUCAAUCAAAUAUUGACAGUCUAG